CCCCGAGCCUCCAUAGCAGCAGAUAUGGCGUAAGACAUUGCUUCAAGAUUGGACAGCUGCUGACCUGUUAUUUCUGAUAACCUGUACCUGACUUUAGUAGCCAUAGAGAAACCUCACCAAGUUGCAUUUUUGUUUCUGCUUCAUACUUUCCUGGCACCCAAGUUCACCUAGCAACCAUGUAUGGAAGUGCUCGAUCUGUAGGGAAGGUGGAACCAAGCAACCAGAGUCCUGGGCGUUCUCCUCGGCUUCCACGUUCCCCUCGCUUAGGUCAUCGUCGAACCAAUAGCACAGGCGGGAGUUCUGGAAGCAGUGUUGGAGGUGGCAGUGGGAAAACCCUGUCAAUGGAGAAUAUACAGUCCUUAAAUGCUGCCUAUGCUACUUCUGGCCCUAUGUACCUAAGUGACCAUGAAAAUGUGGGUUCAGAAACACCUAAAAGCACCAUGACGCUUGGCCGUUCUGGGGGACGGCUGCCUUAUGGUGUUAGGACGACUGCUAUGGGUAGUAGCCCCAAUAUAGCUAGCAGUGGGGUUGCUAGUGACACCAUCGCAUUUGGAGAGCACCACCUCCCUCCUGUUAGCAUGGCCUCCACUGUACCUCACUCUCUCCGUCAGGCAAGAGAUAAUACCAUCAUGGAUCUGCAGACACAGCUGAAGGAAGUAUUACGAGAAAACGAUCUCUUGAGGAAGGAUGUGGAAGUAAAGGAGAGCAAAUUGAGUUCUUCAAUGAAUAGCAUCAAGACUUUCUGGAGCCCAGAGCUGAAGAAAGAGCGGGCUCUGAGAAAAGAUGAAGCCUCCAAAAUCACCAUUUGGAAGGAGCAGUAUAGAGUUGUACAAGAGGAAAACCAGCACAUGCAGAUGACGAUCCAGGCUCUCCAGGAUGAAUUGCGGAUCCAGAGGGACUUGAAUCAGCUCUUCCAGCAAGACAGUAGCAAUAGGACUGGAGAGCCCUGUGUGGCAGAGCUGACAGAGGAGAACUUCCAGAGGCUGCAUGCUGAGCACGAGCGGCAGGCCAAAGAGCUCUUCCUUCUGCGCAAGACCCUGGAGGAAAUGGAGCUUCGAAUUGAGACCCAGAAGCAAACGCUCAAUGCUCGUGAUGAGUCCAUUAAAAAGCUUCUGGAGAUGUUACAAAGCAAAGGACUUUCUGCCAAGGCUACUGAGGAAGACCAUGAGAGGACAAGACGGCUGGCAGAGGCAGAGAUGCAUGUUCACCAUCUAGAAAGCCUUUUAGAGCAGAAAGAAAAAGAGAAUAAUAUGUUAAGAGAGGAGAUGCACCGGAGGUUUGAGAAUUCCCCUGAUUCUGCCAAAACAAAAGCUCUGCAAACUGUUAUUGAAAUGAAGGAUUCAAAAAUUUCCUCUAUGGAACGUGGACUCCGAGAUCUGGAAGAGGAAAUUCAGAUGCUGAAAUCGAAUGGGGCUUUGAGUACUGAAGAACGAGAGGAAGAAAUGAAACAAAUGGAAGUGUAUCGGAGCCAUUCUAAAUUUAUGAAAAAUAAGGUAGAGCAACUGAAGGAGGAUCUAAGUUCGAAAGAGGCUCAAGGGGAGGAGCUGAAAAAGAGAGCAGCCGGCCUUCAGGCUGAGAUUGGCCAGGUGAAGCAGGAGUUGUCCAGAAAGGACACAGAGUUACUUGCCUUACAGACAAAGCUGGAAACUCUUACAAACCAGUUCUCUGACAGUAAGCAACAUAUUGAGGUGCUGAAGGAGUCCUUAACUGCUAAGGAACAACGGGCUGCCAUCUUACAGACAGAGGUGGAUGCCCUCCGGCUGCGUUUGGAAGAAAAAGAAACCAUGCUGAAUAAAAAGACAAAACAAAUUCAGGAUAUGGCUGAGGAGAAGGGGACGCAGGCCGGCGAGAUUCACGACCUCAAGGACAUGCUGGAUGUGAAGGAGCGCAAGGUCAACGUUCUUCAGAAGAAGAUUGAAAAUCUUCAGGAGCAGUUGAGAGAUAAAGAAAAGCAGAUGAGCAGCUUGAAAGAGCGAGUCAAGUCCCUGCAGGCUGACACCACCAAUACUGAUACUGCCUUAACAACUCUGGAGGAGGCGCUUGCAGAAAAAGAACGAACAAUUGAACGCUUAAAGGAGCAGCGGGACAGAGAUGAGCGAGAGAAGCAAGAGGAGAUAGAUACCUACAAGAAAGAUCUUAAAGACCUGAAAGAAAAAGUCAGCCUAUUGCAAGGAGACCUCGCAGAGAAAGAGACCUCACUCUUGGAUUUGAAAGAACACGCUUCUUCCUUGGCUUCUUCAGGACUGAAAAAGGACUCGCGGCUCAAGACUCUGGAGAUCGCUCUGGAGCAAAAGAAGGAGGAAUGUCUGAACAUGGAAUCACAGUUGAAAAAGGCACAUGAGGCAACAUUGGAAGCCAGAGCCAGUCCAGAAAUGAGUGACCGAAUACAGCAGUUGGAAAGAGAGAUUGCCAGGUACAAAGAUGAUUCCAGCAAAUCCCAGGCAGAAGUUGAUCGUCUCUUGGAAAUCUUGAAAGAGGUGGAAAUCGAAAAGAAUGACAAAGAUAAGAAGAUAGCUGAAUUGGAAAGCCUCACCUCAAGGCAAGUGAAAGACCAGAAUAAGAAGGUUGCCAAUCUGAAGCACAAGGAGCAGGUGGAGAAGAAGAAGAGCGCGCAGAUGCUGGAGGAGGCCCGGCGCCGGGAGGACAGUCUCAACGACAGCUCCCAGCAGCUGCAGGACAGUCUCCGUAAGAAGGAUGACAGGAUUGAAGAGCUGGAAGAGGCACUGAGAGAAAGUGUACAGAUAACCGCAGAGCGAGAAAUGGUGCUGGCACAAGAGGAGUCAGCCAGGACCAGUGCUGAGAAACAGGUGGAGGAGCUGUUAAUGGCCAUGGAGAAGGUAAAGCAAGAACUGGAAUCCAUGAAAGCAAAGCUGUCCUCCACCCAACAGUCUCUGGCAGAGAAGGAAACUCAUCUGACCAACCUUCGGGCGGAGAGGAGGAAACACUUAGAGGAAGUUCUGGAGAUGAAGCAAGAAGCUCUCCUGGCUGCCAUUAGUGAGAAAGACGCCAAUAUAGCUCUGUUGGAGCUUUCCUCCUCUAAGAAAAAGACCCAGGAGGAGGUGGCUGCGCUGAAGCGCGAGAAGGACCGCCUGGUACAGCAGCUAAAGCAGCAGACACAAAAUCGAAUGAAACUAAUGGCCGACAACUAUGAGGACGACCACUUCAAAUCCUCCCAUUCCAAUCAGAUGAAUCAUAAACCCUCCCCAGACCAGAUCAUUCAGCCCCUCUUAGAACUUGACCAAAAUAGAAGCAAGUUAAAGUUGUAUAUUGGACACCUGACAGCCCUCUGCCAUGACCGAGACCCCUUAAUCCUUCACGGACUCACUCCACCAGCUUCCUAUAAUGUGGAGGAUGACCAGGCAGCUUGGGAGAAUGAGCUGCAGAAGAUGACCCGGGAGCAGCUUCAGGAUGAGCUAGAGAAAGGCGAACGAGACAAUGCAGAGUUGCAGGAGUUUGCCAACACCAUUCUCCAGCAGAUAGCUGACCACUGCCCCGACAUUCUCGAGCAAGUUGUCAAUGCCCUGGAAGAGUCGUCCUGACCUGCUCUGUGGGAAGUGCUUAGCCCAGAAGCCCAAGAGAGGUGCCAACGGAGCCAAGAAGGGAGACCUGGAGGAACAGGCAUCUAGAAACUUCGCCACACCAAACCCUGCAAAGUACAUCCUGUCUUGCUCUCUUGAAGAAGUGUGUGUCCUGCCCAUUUCUAGAUCCAUCACCUUACUUCACCUUCUGCUUUGAAUGUCGUCUCUGCACAAAUUUCCUGGGCCUCCAUGAAGAACUGCCCCCUGGUCGUUGGCAGCGGAGAGCUGGGAGGCUGGAAGUCCUCUGCCUUCCAGGGACAGGAAGCCAGCGGCCCACUUGGCUGUUUGACAGGACAGCUCAUCUGGAGUCUACUCAGUCCAGCAAGAACGAGAAUCCUCACCACAGACCUAAGAGCUCAGCAUUCUAAUAUCAUAACGGGUAUGUUCUCCUUAGAAAGUGAAACAGAAACCUCAAGAAAAGUACAAAAGGAGGAAGGCAUGACAUCAGGGACGAAGAGAAGAGUGUCCCUUGUGUGUGCCAUUUCUGGGCGCCAUCUUGAAGUCGUGCCUCGAGGAGUGGGGCAGAGUAGCCUCGUGGUGGCGUAGCAUUCAGGCCUACGUGUGAUUCAAAGCCCUGAACAGGUGACUCACUGCUUUGCUCUCAGUUGACAGAAAGAUCGUGGACUGCUUUCUCUUGUUCAAGGCCUUUGACCUUACCACACUGCGUUGUCAGGUUAAAUAUUUGAAUGAGAAGAGGCCUUCACAUUAGAGCCUGUCAUCACCACCCGCAGCGCUGAGCCUCUUGCUGGAGUGUGUGUUGCACCUCCUAACCUCAUGCUGUGCCUGGAUUCUUCUAGCACAGAUGAAUGUGACCUGUCCCACACAUUCUGCCGGGCAGAGAAUAGUUAUGCAGUGUGCACAUCAGUGCGGCAAGCAUCCAUUCUUGAAAAGGUCUCUUCAGUGAGGAAGGGGUGCAGUGGGUGCCGUGAGACAUGCUUAGUUGAGUUAUAGCAGCAAAGAACAUACCCUUUUCUUCUGCAUCGUCAGUGCUAUCAUUUAUAGGAAUGUCUUUCCCAAGCCGCCACUCCUCAUUCUCAUUCCAGUGGAAGUCAUGGACUCGUGGGGCUGACUCGCCUCUUUGCCUGCAGAGUCAUGGUUGGUCAUUCAGGAUCUCUGUCAUCAGUAUCAUCACCCUGAAGCAGUACUUCAUGUAGGGACUGUGAAUGUCCACUGCUGAGUACAUCUGCAGGAGCCUGGUGAGCUCAGCCGCCACCACGCUGACGUGAGAAAGGUACAAAUCCAGCUUAGGACAUGGGCAUUUUGCAGACCCACGCAUAGACAAGGUCAUCACCAGUGAUCAGGCUCCAAGGAACAGACAGCUUGCACACAUCUCAUCUUCGACCUCCUCUUUCAGCCUCCCUGGGACACUCCUGUCUCCUGUUAGGUUGCUGGAGUGAGUGCUUCCGUCUCGCCCUCUCUCCCCAGUUGUAUUCUCAGAAUAUUUAAUGCUGCCUGCAAAUUCCUCAUAACCCUCAACUCAGACCCUCACACAGCAGCUCCCAUUGUCCCCUUAAAUAGCCCCAGCUCCCCUUUGUCCCUCUAAAAUGAUUCACCUUCAUGUAAAAUGCCAUGAAGUGCUCCUUAUGGGGAUCUGAAUGGAUUCUGGCAGUAAACGUCUCACUGGGACUCUUGAUGAGACUGUCAGCAAGGGCAUAGGGGUUAGGUCGGAAGCACUGGGGCUGAGGAAAGGGCUCCGUGGACAAGAGCACUGUGUGCAAGCAUGGAGACUCGAGCUCGGUCUCCAGCACCCAUACAAAAGCAGGGCAUAGCUGCACACGCCCGUGACCCCAGUGCUGAGGUGUCAGAGACAGGAGAAUCACCGGGGAUCACUGGUCAUGGAGGAACAGCAGGAGGGGUACCCGGCAUCCUUCUGUGGCCUACACAUACUAAAAAGUAGUAGUAAUGGUCAUUACUGGCCAGAUUUUUUUUUUUUGAGGGGACUAGAAAGAUGGCUUGGCAGCUUAAUGUGCUUGCUUGCAAUGCCUGUUGGCCCAGGUUCAACUCCCCAGGACCCACA